UGAAAGUUCAAGGGCAGUUUUCGCUGUGUAAAUGAGAGUCUGAUACUGCGACAGACUCAGAGACAGGAGGAUUUUCAAGUUAUCUCAUACUUAAAUAUAUGUGUUUUGUUUUAACAAAAUAAGUUCAGAUAUGUUGUGCAGAGUUGGUAGUGUGGGCAGAUGUGCCACCAAUUUGAGUCCAGCUCUAAGCUGUGUUGCUUCAAGACAGAAGCACACUCUGCCUGACCUGCCUUAUGAUUAUGGUGCACUGGAGCCCCACAUUAGCGCAGAGAUUAUGCAACUGCAUCACAGUAAGCAUCAUGCAACAUACGUUAACAAUCUGAAUGUUGCAGAAGAGAAAUAUCAAGAGGCACUAGCCAAGGGAGACGUUACAGCACAGAUCGCUUUGCAGCCUGCUUUGAAAUUUAAUGGUGGUGGUAACAUCAAUCACUCUAUUUUCUGGACUAACCUUUCCCCCAAUGGUGGUGGAGAACCACAAGGGAAGCUAAUGGAAGCUAUCAAGCGUGAUUUUGGCUCCUUUGAGAAGAUGAAGGAGAAGCUAGCGGCAGUCUCUGUUGGUGUCCAGGGAUCAGGUUGGGGCUGGCUGGGGUUCAACAAGGAAAGUGGACGACUAAACAUUAUUGCCUGCCCUAAUCAGGACCCCCUACAAGGAACAACAGGUCUCACCCCUCUGCUUGGAAUUGAUGUUUGGGAGCAUGCCUAUUACCUGCAGUAUAAAAAUGUGAGGCCUGAUUAUGUAAAAGCGAUCUGGAACGUGGUCAACUGGGAAAAUGUAGCUGAAAGAUUCCAGGCUGCAAAGAAGUAAAUGAGUCCAAAUGUCAUUUACUAUGUUGCUUUAAAAAAAAAAAAAAAGCAGAACUGCGGCUGUGAACAUUUUAUUAGCACUCAGUUCAAAUGCACAAAUCAUUACUUGUUUGCCCAGCUAAAGAAGUGGUUAACUAGCUUCAAUGUAUGCUCACGACUCUGUUUUGAAAUGUUGAUAGUCUAUAUUAUAUGAUGUUAAUGUUUCAAUAAAAGUAAUUUCAGCACUU